CUUGGCCCUGCGCUAUUUUUAUGCAUCUUCAUAGGUUCUUGCAAGUUGGUUGCCCGUUCCCGGACCCACAGGCAUCGCCCGGCCGAUUUGUGAUUUUUAGUGCCGCACUCCCCGUGAUGUGCGGCUCUGUGGGUGGGGGCGGGAUGGAUGGGCCCAAGAUGGGUUUGGAGUUCUCGACGGGGUUCUCCCCAGAGAUCUCCGGGCGCUUGUCUUUCCCCAAAAGCAUAAAUAGCAUAGCACGGCGAGCAAGAGACAAGCUAGCUAUUAAUAUGUCGACUUUGUGCAGGGUACCUCGAGGUAUAGUAAGCACUGACACUGAUUGCCCCGUCGAGUACGAAGUAGUAGUGUGACUCGCGGGCAGGAAAACCUACGAGAGACAGCUGAGCUGACCUUGCCCACUUGCCCUACGCUACGCCUGGUAUGUGUGGUAUGGAUAUGUGUGUGCGUGGGGUGUAUGCCGACUCAUCCUUCCGCUAUUGAGUGAUUCCGCACAAGAAGAGAAGGCUGUUCAAUAACUACCUACCGCUGCUCACGGGAUCAGCUUGUCCGUCACGGCUGUCAGGCAGCUUCAAGUUAGUUAUACCUCCUGUACUCACCCAACCUCCGCCUUGUUAUUGACUCCUCUCCCUUUCCAACCUCACUUUUCGGCUUGUCCUACCGCACUCUAUUGUUUUCCAUUCGAAGAACUUCAUAGAAGAACCCCCGCUAUUCACUUGGCUUAUUGUUGUUUGCAACCUGGGCAGCCAGAUUUCAUAUAUAUAUGGGGAUGCCCCCCCGGGUUGUUUGCGGUGGAUUCUGGAAAUAUCUAAGGUUUCUAGUCUGAACAACCAUGGGUUCUACUACCGCCAAACGGUUCGACGUAAAAGAGUUUGGGUUGACGGAAGUUUACCGCUGUGCCGAGCCGCUGGUACCACAGGUUGACAUAGUGUUUGUUCAUGGCCUUAACGGUACUUCCUAUAACACAUGGGCAACCAAAAAACCCGAUGUUUUCUGGCCUGGCGAUCUCCUUCCUCAUACCCUGAAAGGCCAAAAUGUCCGGAUAUUGACUUACGGAUACGAUGCAAAUGUCGCUUCUUUCGCAAGGGGGACGUCGAAGGAGAGACUACAUAACCAUGCUGAGCACCUUGCCGGUCAGCUCAUUGCAAAUAGGAAUCUGCAAGGUGCGGUCGAGCGGCCGAUCAUCUUUGUAUGCCACUCUCUCGGUGGCAUCGUGGUGAAAAGGACUCUCCUAUACUGCGAGCAUCUUAGGCACCCAAAAACCCAACAUCUUCGGUCAACAUACAUCUCUACAUAUGCUAUCCUGUUCAUGGGAACACCCCACAACGGCUCUGAUCUGGCGAACCUGGGCAGCGCUAUACAGACAUUAUUCAGCCUGGUGCCGAAAAAACUAUUCGAUACCACACCGAGUUUGCUGAAGACCCUGAGGCCUGACAAUGAGAUUUUGCAAAAUGUUAACCGCCAGUUCGCGGAGAUUAUGGGCAGGUUCCGGAUUUACUUUUUCCACGAGUCCAAACCAAUGGACUUGAAAGGCACUCGCAAGUUCAUUGUGGAUGAAUCUUCUGCUGCACCAGUGAUCGAGGGGGUGGAACGCAUGGGGAUUGAGGCGGAUCACGGUGCCAUGUGUCGAUUCGAAAGCAAAAAGUCGCCUGGUUAUGAGGCUGUGGCAGAAGCUAUUCUCCGGUAUACGAAAGAGGCACCAGGCGAAAUCGCUAAUAGAUGGAUACAGGAGCACCGAGCUCGAAGAAAUAAUAUGAGAGAGGAAGCUGAACGUCUUCUGUACAUGGAUGACAUAAUGCGUCGGAGUCAGUCGUCUCUCCAUACGGAGAGGUUAGAUUCACUUGGAAAUUCAAUAUCAUCGUUGCAUACUGGGCAAAAUUCAGAGUUGAUACCCAUCACAAGAUCUCAACUGAUGUCCAGUGCCGAACUACCUCCACUUCAGGAGACUGGGGAACCUCUCCUUGUUGCUCCUCCAGGAUUUCACCCAAAUUGGGUAUUCGUUGGUAUGGAAAAGGAGCUCGAAGAACUCCACAAUCGGCUGUUCAGGGUGAAAAGGCGAGCGGAAGAUGUGGUUUCCGUCCUUAUAUACGGUGGGUCAGGAUCGGGAAAGACACACCUUGCCCGCCAGUACGUCUUUAAUCAGCGUGCUACGUAUACCGGUGGCAUCUUUUGGAUUGAUGCUCGGUCCAGGGAAUCAUGUUGCCAAUGCUUCUGGGACAUUGCCGAAAGGGUGUCCUCAACGCAGCAGAAAGAGUCCCAGGAUCCUGACUGGCGCGACAGAGACAAGUAUAUUGACAAGGUCUUGAAAUGGUUCGGCUCAAGGCAAAACUGGCUUGUGAUAUUUGACGGCCUAUCUUGUGACGAUGAUGACGAAAUCAACGAGUUCAAGAAGUUUAUCCCAUAUAAUACAAAUUCGAGUAUCAUAUAUACUUCUGUUGAUCGCACGCUCUGGAAAAAACGAAGGCUCUUCGAACCUUUUGGUCUGAAAGUUAGACCUCUGUCUGUCCAAGAUGCGCGGACGCUUCUUUUCAAGGAUCUUAACAUCAAACAGCCCACUUCAGAGCAAUUGCGGAAAGCGACAGAGUUGGUGGAGCAUUUUGAAUGCUUACCACUCGCUAUCCAUGCUAUGGGGCAUCGUCUUAGUGCCACUGGAAAAGCAAUCGAGAAGUUUCGUAUCAAACCUCAAACCACAGAUAAACGACUUGCGGAGCCGUACCGUGGAAUCAUGGCCGACUUGCAAAACAACCAACACAUGGAGGCGGUCAAUUUGAUUACCAUCCUCUCCUUUUUCGGACACGACGUCCCCGUUGGGAUGAUCCAUUUGGGUAGGAAAGCUCUCCUCGAAUGUGGUGUUGAAAUUCGUGCCCCUGAAGAGGAGGGAAGCUCUGAAAGGCACAUAGAUAACACCUUCGCCAUCCUCAUUCGAUAUGGCUUGAUCGAGCGCGCGCUCGACCCCUAUGUGUCGAAUGAACACAGUCCCGCUCUCCGACGAAGCACGGAGUUGCAUGAUAGCCACCCGUCUUCAGAACUAGAGAGUUCACAAACGAGCGGCAGCCAAAACCCAUCAUCCAUCGGGGCCAAUACUUCCAUCGACGUUGUGAAAAUACACACUGUGGUGCAGACAUUCUUCCGCGAUGAACUCUCAAGGCUGGGGGUUGGGGCGUUUGCGUGGUGGCUUAUUGUUUCGACAAGGCUCUUCUUGAUGUCAUAUAACAAUGCCACUGCUAGGAUAAGAAUUCAGCAGUCUCCUGGCCUUGUCAAAGACUUUGGCCAAUAUGAAACACAUUCGAGCGUUCUCCUAGGCCUCUACAAACAACUUCGACCCCAUAAGCGCAACCCGGAUCUACCCCCCGAUUUGGUGCCAUUAAACCACGCGCUGUCUCAAGUGAAGAAUGAUAUUUCGGAAGAAAUUAAACAUCGGUCACCAGUGGCGUCGCAGCAAUUAAUGAAACAUCAGAAAUCGAUUUUCGACCGAACUAGUAGCACGUCCUCAAUGCCUGAUACGCCAACCAGUGGAUCUUCCCGGUUUACUUGGGAGAUGGAUGUGGACAAUGACAAGACCCAUUCACCAAUUGAAUACAUCUCUUCCCGGAAACCGCUACAGCACUUUCCAUCUACUAUUUCGCAGCAUUUACCACUACCUGUUGUAGAAGAUCAGGGAUAUGAAUCCGAUUUGGAGGGCAGCGGGACUGUUCCUGCAAUGUCUCCGGUUCCAUCCCAGACCACAGAGGUACCUGAAUCUUCGGCUAUCGCACAAGACGAAGGCGACUGGAAGGUCGUUACCGCAAAGCCGAAGAACCCGAGCUUCUUUGGGAUGGUGUCGCGCCGUUUGGGAAUAAGAAGAAUGCGUGGCCAAAGAAAUCUGGGAAGCUACAGACCCGUUCAUCCCGUUGUGUCUAUUUCUGGUGUCCACGGUCAUGGAUCACCGAGUCGCCCGCAAAAUAACGAUGGAGAACAGGAGGUUUCGGCUAAAUCCCAAGCCGAAGCAUCUCUCGCCGCAGUGCGUCGGGCGAACUCACCCCCAGCUCGUGGUGGGGAAAUAGAGAAAACGAACUCCAAACCAGCUCAGAAACAGAAUUACCCUACUUAUGCAAACGUGCUUGCUGGAAGACGCCCGAGUGCCACUUCAUCAUCUGGCCGAUCCUCUCCACCCAUAGGUUGGGGAUCAGAUAGCAAUAAGCUUUCCGAGAACUCGGUCCCAGUACACCCCGGAAGUGCCCCGGCCCAAUAUGGCUGGUCACCCAGGUCAUCAUCCGACCACUUGACCAACUCGCAUCAUAGCGAGGUAGGUACGGGAUCGUCAUGGAAACGCCCAGAGAAUGAACGUGUUCUAACUCCGCCGUCACGCUUUCAUUCCCGCCACCCGUCACGUUCGUCAGAAGGAUCAAGCGGAAACAUUCUAGGUCUUCAGGACACAGUUUCACAAUACCAAUUGGCAGCGCCUUCCAACCGACCCUUGCCGUACGAAGCAGAUAUAACAGUAACAAAACCGCGAUACUCAAGCGUUGUUGUCCCACCCCAAGACACUCAAGGCCUAGGAGUUGCAUCAUAUCUGAAUACCGCGGCCUAUGGUCCUUCUAUGGGACAGUCAAUCCCAGCUGGCUAUUCAUCCCAGCCCAUGUCGCGAAAUGUUUCUGGUCAAUCCGACCAAUCGCUUCAUACCGAGCCAACUAGAGUGCCACCUAGGUUUUCACCUGACCUGGGGAAAAGACUCUCUUCACCCCUUGUUAACGUUUCUCAACCCGGCAUGUCCAGACUAGAUACUCGCUCUCCCCAGACGUCGUACGGGCGUGGUGGUGGAUCCGCUAUCAGCUCUAGUCCAGGCACUCCAAAUUCACUGGAGCCUACUGCGAUGUCCCGUGCAUCUUCAGGCCCAGGUAUGAUAGUUGACUCCGGAGAUGGCGUGACCAAAAGCUUUGUAGAGUUCAGCCACCGCCCUUCAACACAGAAUAUCAGGUUCGGAGAACAUGAACCCAUAAACAUCGUUGAUGCACGGAUGCGAUCAGGGCUUCAUGAAAGACAAACUCACCCAGGCCAAGGCAGCGAUCAUACAGCCUUGAAACAUUCAACAAGCCCUCCCUACCCUGACCGUAAUCUGAUGCCUAGCGCAAGUGACGAUAAUCAAUUGCAAUCCAUGGCUCGCUUCCCGCUAGAAAACAUUGGCAAUCUCCCGGUCCAUGGUCGAUUUAGAAGUGGGAGUUCACCUGCUCGACCGAAUAUAUAGCUAUGCCCGACGCCAAUAAUCUUUUUUGUUAACUACUAAUUUGUUGAUUUUACUUUGAGUUCGAGUUCACCUCGACAUUUUUUAUUCUCCCUCGUCUGCAUAGUUGGACCUUCAUCACACUAUUUCCUACUCAGGGGGUUUGCUCAUUUAUGUGCAAGUUGAAUAUUAAAUAGAGACUAAGUAAGUAAAUGUUUUGUUGAAGUGAUAGAUGGGGUGGGAUUCAUUAUGCAUUCCCUGGCGUCAUAUGUAUUGCCAUGUUGUUUUAUGCAACAAAGAGAGGGGUGGAUACAAUAAUGGGAUGGGCUGUUGGCAAGGGAGUUUUUGCCCGGCCUGGUAAUGAUUAUUGAAACAAGAAACUGAGUGGGAAAUGCGCUGAUAUUUCUGUCCGGAGUUUGGGCUUUAUAUUUGACUUUGAUGAUGGGAGUACAUCCGGGUUUGAUAGGGCCAUGAUUUUUUUUUUCUUUAUUAUUAUUAUUAUAUUUUUUUAUGUUAUUUUUCAUAUGCUUUUAUUUCAACUAGAUUUCUCUUUUAGAAAAUUAAUAUGAAAACAGA